CUGGUUAGUUCUAAAAUCAUGAGGAAAGAAGGAAAUAAAACAAUUUUUACAGAACAUAACUCUCACUAAUCAAUAUGGAAAACAUUAUUUUUCAAUUUUAUGCAACCUAACAAUAUCAAAAUCAAAAUGUUUUAAAAGUAAGUUUACUUUAAAAAAAUGAUUAUGUCAUAUUUUUUCAGUCAUUUACUCUACAAUUGCCAUUCUUACCGAUGAGAUUAUUUAUCAAUAUAUUAUACUAGUAGGUCAGCGAAAAAAAUAAAAAUAAAAUUUCUCUGGAUUUUAAACAACCCAUUAAAAUGUUAACCUUCUCGAAAAUUAAUUUUUUCUUGUUUCAAACAAUAAACCACUUUUUUCAGUCACAUAUCUUCUCACAAUUCAAUUUUUGCCCGAUGAAAUUACCACCAAAUUUUUUGAAAAGGUAACAUCUAGUUCUAAUGUAAGAAAAACGUUUGUAAAAGAUAAAAACGUUUUCAGAAUCUUCCUACAACUUAUCCCGAUGCAACUUUAUCUAACCGCAAUAUUCCUAUCCUCAAUAUAUCUGAGCAAUGUAAGAAUUUCAAAUUUCACAUUGGAAAUUUCAAAAAAUACAAAAAUACGUUUUGCAGAUAAAUUCUUCCCUACAUUUUCUUUCAACUUCCUCAACUUUAAUUAA